AUGCCUUCAUCAGACAAGGACUUUUCGUCGGGGUCUGAGGAUGCAGAUGAGCUUGUUGUCGACUUGCUACAACAAUUCUCCUCAGUUGAACAUGCAACAAUUGGAUCUGUGAUUCGAAAUGCUCAGUCGCCGCCCCGAAAAUCUGUGACGCGACCCGUUACUUCCACCUCACUUUCACCUUCGAUUUCGGCGGUCCCAGCAAUACCAGUGGUGCAAUCUACCUCUACGCCUAAGAAGUUUCAAACUAUUACCGUUGAAGUCCCUCCAUUACCGUCAAAUGCGGGAGAUUACAAGUUCUUGCCUGGUCACUCAACGGCGUGGCGGGUCUGGGGACAAAAGCGCGCUGGUGGUAACCUACUUUAUGAAGUGGAACUUGCAAGUUCAGAGAAGGAAUGGUUAAAUGAGACCUUCGUGGGAACCUUGGAAAACGGUUCGGAAGCUAUCGCGAACUUCAAGCAGAAUGGCCCGCCGAAAGUUAGAAGAGCUCGAAGCUCUAUUACAAAUGACUAUGGAUCAGGGAGCUACAAAGGAUCUGGUUCAGAAGUCUCGAGAUCUUUUGAAGAAGAAGAUAUGGAGGAAGAUGAUGAAAUCGUGCUAGUCAGCUCCGCAGAGCGCCGAUGCAGUCGAUUGCCAGGUUCUAAACGUCGCGAAGCACGCGGUAAAUAUUAUGAUACGGACGAUGAAGACUCCGAUAGCCGACCAGUACGUCGAUCGCGCAGGGCCUCUAAGCAUAGAGUGACUCGGUCUGCACUUUAUUCAAAUGACGAGAAGUCAAGCGAUGAUGUCCUCAGUACUUCAACAACAGUAUUGCUGAAGAGGAGACGUUCGGAUAGACAGGCUACCCGUACCAUUAGACGCAUACAGGAACAUCACUAUGACGACAGCAAUUCUAAUUCCCGCAGUCGUGGUGUGCGGUCCUCAGCCAGAACCGGUCACUCUCACAGAAACAGUCUUAGAGAGAGGCUAGAGGAUGACAUACCUGAGGUAGAGGCAUCACAGACAGAGAAGAGAUUUUCAGGAGCCAAGGAAAAGUUCUAUCGACUGUCAAAUGAUGACCCCUUCAGACAACGUCAUCGUCAAGUAUGUGAUAGUUGCGAUAUCCAAGGAGAUGAUCGUGAGAAAGGUCCGCUGGUAUUCUGCCAGGGCUGCACAAGCGCCUAUCACAAGUCUUGUCUGGGUCCUCGAAGCCAACGGGAACAUCUCGUGACCAAAGUCGGCUGGGAUCACUUCGUACUACAGUGUCGUCGCUGUUUGGGAACCGCCCGAAAGAAGGAUACAAAUGCACCACAUCUAGGUCAUUGUACCGCGUGUAACGAAGAAAAUGCAGCCUCGCGGCCAUUUAGACAGCGACUCAAUUCCAAACAAGAACAGCAACAGCGCGAGAAGAACAGUGGGGAGGAUCCUAUUACACCAGUGAACGAUGACUUGAUCAACAAUGUCGAUAAUGUCAUGUUUCGGUGCGUCAAUUGUCAGAGAGCGUUCCAUCUGAAAGAACUACCACCAAUAUGCGGCCCAAACCUAGAGGACACGGAUACCUCAGAAUCAGAUGCCGAUCUUGCGACUGUGCGACUUACUGAAUACUCCAGGAGAUGGCAGUGUCAUACCUGCAUUUCAGCCCCCGGGGAGAUUGAAGCUCUUGUUGGAUGGCGACCGGUCGAUGCUGAUGCAUACAUUCCUGGAUAUACCGCUAAUGAUAUGAAUGAGGUCGAAAAGGAAUACUUGGUAAAGUGGAAGAAGAAGUCCUAUUAUCGCACCACGUGGAUGGAGGGCUCCUGGAUCUGGGGAGCUGGUUCCCACCUCAUGCGCAAGGUGUUUUUCAGGUCGCCCAAAGGCCUGAAACCUCAAAUGACUGCCGAGGAUGCCAUCCCAGAAGAUUACCUGAGAGUUGAUCUAGUGUUCGACGUCAAAUACACGAACACCGUCAGCGCACACUCAAAAGAAAUCGAUAUUGCAAGGGUAAAGGAUGUCAAGGAAGCCUAUGUCAAGUACAAGGGUCUGCUUUAUGAGGAUGCCGUAUGGGAGACCGUGCCUUCGCCAACAGAAACAGAACGCUGGAAUGACUUCAAAGCUGCAUAUGAGGACUGGGUCUUAAAGGAUUAUGUCAAGGUUCCCAAGGCUUCUUCUUUAAAACAACAUCUUGAAACAGUUCGAGAGCAGGACUUCCGAACGCUGGUGAAAAAGGCUCAGCCUGCUUGUUUGACUGGAGGCAAACUCAUGGAUUACCAGCUGGAUGGUCUCAAUUGGCUAUACUAUAAAUGGUACCAAAAGCAAAACGCCAUCCUUGCGGAUGAAAUGGGACUCGGCAAAACAAUUCAAAUCAUCUCUUUUCUCUCGACAUUGAUUGAAUAUCAUCGCUGCUGGCCUUUCUUGAUUGUUGUGCCAAAUUCGACUUGUCCAAAUUGGCGUCGUGAGGUGAAGAGGUGGGCACCGUCACUCUGCGUCGUUACAUACUACGGCAGUGUUGUAGCACGGAAACUUGCGCAUGACUUGGAAAUGUUCCCAAAGAAUGCACGAGAUCUCAGAGCCCAUAUACUUGUGACGUCCUAUGAAACCAUGGUCGACGACAAAGCUCGAAGAGUCUUGGCAAGUAUUCCUUGGGCUGGUCUUGUUGUGGAUGAAGGUCAGCGAUUGAAGAAUGACAAAAACCUUCUGUAUUCGUCUCUGUCCAGUAUCAACUUUCCGUUCAAGGUACUGUUAACUGGCACGCCACUGCAGAACAACAUUCGGGAGCUGUUUAAUCUCAUUCAGUUUUGCGAUCCGACCCAAAAUGCUGAAGACUUGGAGGCGGAAUAUGAGACUUUGACAAAGGAGAAUGUGCCAGAACUACAUGCAAUUAUUCGGCCCUUUUUCUUACGCCGUACAAAGGCGCAGGUUCUCACUUUUCUUCCACCAAUGGCACAAAUCAUCAUCCCGGUUUCAAUGUCCGUUGUGCAGAAGAAGCUUUACAAAUCGAUCUUGGCAAAGAACAGCAAAUUGAUCAAGUCAAUCUUCCAAAACAACCAAGAUGCACAGACAAAACAGAAUGAACGGCACAGCUUGAGCAAUAUUUUGAUGCAACUGCGCAAAUGCCUCUGUCAUCCCUUUGUAUACAGCAGACAGAUUGAAGAACGUACAUCAAAUCCCACCUUGUCGCAUAGAAAUCUUGUGGAAGCUUCAGGAAAACUUCGACUGCUUGAGCUGUUGCUACCAAGACUCAAGGAACGUGGUCACCGAGUUCUUCUCUUCAGUCAGUUUCUCGACAACUUAGAUAUUGUUGAGGACUUCCUAGACGGUCUCGGUCUAUUUUAUUGCCGCCUCGACGGAUCCAUGGGCGCUCAUGAGAAACAGAAGAAGAUCGAUGCGUUCAACGCGCCCGAUUCCACAUACUUUGCUUUUCUCUUAUCAACAAGGUCUGGUGGUGUGGGCAUUAAUCUUGCAACAGCAGAUACUGUCAUCAUUAUGGAUCCUGAUUUCAACCCACAUCAAGAUAUUCAAGCCCUAUCUCGCGCACAUCGUAUUGGACAGCAGAAGAAAGUUCUUGUCUUCCAGCUCAUGACUCGCGAAAGUGCCGAAGAGAAGAUCAUGCAGAUAGGCAAGAAGAAGAUGGCACUCGACCACGUUCUUAUCGAAAAAAUGGAUGCGGCCGAAGACGAAGGGCUGGACUUGGAAUCAAUUCUACGACAUGGCGCGGAGGCUCUUUUUGAGGACGAUACCAGUGGGGAUGUUCAUUAUGACGCGGAGUCUGUUGAGAAACUGCUUGAUCGUAGCCAGGCUGAGAAUACUCAAGUUGGGAAUGAUGCAUCCGCUGAAUCUCAAUUUAGUUUCGCGCGAGUAUGGGCGAAUGACAACGCUGCACUUGAAGACCGAUUAGGGGAUUCCGAUAGAGCUACGCCAGUGAACAACACUUUGUGGGAAAAGAUUCUUGCUGAGCGACAAAAGGCAGCGGACGAGGAAGCUUUGGCAAACGCACAAGCACUUGGAAGAGGGAAACGAAAGAGAACUGUGGUGAACUACUCCGCCAAAGAGAAACAGGAUGAACAACUUUCUCCUGGAGGUACUAAACGAGCCAUGGUCCAGGCUGAAAGCGACGAUGAAUUUCGCGCCAAGGAAGCGUCAUCCGAGAGCGAUGACGAGGGAGCGUUACUCGAAUUUGAGCAAGUCAAAAAGGCCAAAGCUCGUCCAUUCAAACGCGUCGACCCCAACAAGCCCACGCCGGACCCCACAAAUGGAAAUGCAGGCCAGCCUAAUAGACCUGUUGAUCGGUUGCUUCCAUGUCUUGCCUGCAAUCAGAUACAUCCCGUCGGCUAUUGUCCAUUGAAGCUCGCUGGUGUGGAACACUGUGCGCUUUGCGGAAUUGCUCAUCUUGGCUAUCAGCGGGUAUGCCCUCAUCUCAAUUCGGAAGAGCAAAUUUUGUCAAUGCUCCAGUCUUUAAGGCAGAGCACCGAGCCAAAGUGGCUUGUGGAUUCCGCCAGGCACUAUCUCUGCACCGUCAAAAGGGAGAAAGCAAAAGCCGACCGAAAUAGAUUUACAUCGGGUGAUUUUUCCAUGCCUCCUCAACCCAACACUAGUCAUUCCAUCGCACCGGAUGGCAGAGUUUUUGGCCUUUUUCCCCCUGUUUACGGUCAACUUCCCUACCCAGCGUACCCUCCCCCUUCAGCCAGCAAUCCGUAUUCGAGUCCCUACCCUAGCGUCGCCCCUACCCCCUCGUCCAGCUUUAACAUACCUCCAAAUGCGCCUUAUCCACCAGCCCCUCCACCGCAGUCUCUGCCACCGUCUAAUGGCUUCAAAAUGCCCCGGCCUUUACCUCCGCCAUGAGAAUUUCUGGGACCCAUUCGUGUUUUGUGAUCAUGUGCUUCAAUGCAAUCGAUUAGGUUUCUUGCGUUUUCUUGCGUAUCUUAUGCGAAAAGCAUGUUUGAUUUUUUUAUGAUUGAAGGGCGGUCGAUUGGUCUUUUAUGGUAUUUCUGAUGGAACGUACUAUUAAGCGAAAUAAUUCCUUAUGAUGUUAGAGGUCAAAAUUCAAUAUGCCAAUGCAGUAUAGUAAUAGAAUACCCAGGCUACCUUGC